AUGGCUCGUAAGAGAGGCAAGCGUAGCGGAGGUCGAGGUGGCGGCAAGCGGCAGAGAGGCAAUAGCGGGCGGUAUGUCGACGUCCGGACCAAUGCCGCCUUUGAGGCGUACUACAAGGCGACUGGCAUUGUGGACGAGUCCGAGUGGGAGGCGUUCCUCGCCUGCCUUCAAGCGCCGCUGCCGACCACGUUUCGUCUGUCGAUUGACUCUGAGACGCGGGCCAGGCAGCGCGCGUUUCUUGGCGCCCAGGCGGAUGCGCUCGUUGCGGCUGGCGUCGACGCCAAGUAUUCCGGCGACAUCACCCGCCAGGAGGCGGUCUCGAUGAUCCCGGUCUGCUACCUGGGCGUCCAGCCCGGGAACCGCGUCGUCGACAUGUGCGCCGCUCCGGGCUCCAAGACCUCGCAGAUCGUCGAGUGCCUCGGGUGGUCGAGUGACGACGCAGGCUUUGUCCUCGCCAACGACGCCAACAUUCAUCGCUGCCAGACGCUGACUGGCCAGUUGCGGCGGCUCAAAAGUGACAAGGCGCUCGUCGUCUCGCACCAGGCUCAGGCUCUGCCGCGACUGACCGGCGCCAACGGCGAACUCGUUCUCUUUGACAAGGUCCUCUGUGAUGUGCCAUGCUCGGGCGACGGCACCCUCCGCAAGGCCGUCGACGUGUGGAAGGAUUGGAAGCCGAACUGGGGACAAGCCCUCCACUCGGUCCAGACGCACAUCGCCACGCGCGGCGCCCGUCUCCUCGCGCCCGGCGGCACUCUCGUCUACUCGACGUGCUCGCUCAACCCGGUCGAGGACGAGAGUGUCGUCGUCGACCUCCUCCGCAAGUUUGGCGGCGCCCUUGAGCUCGUCGACGUCUCAGACAUGCUUCCCGGCCUCCGCACCUCGCCAGGCCUCACUUCCUGGCCGCUGGUCGCCGCUGACGGCUCAUUCGUCGAGAGCCACGCCGACGCUUACGACGGCGCCACUGCCCUGCCGGAUCCGCAGACCGAGGCGUGGAUCAUUGACCAGCUCCCGCGCGCUGUCCGCAUCCUCCCGCACCACAACAACACCGGCGGCUUCUUUGUCGCAGCCUUUCGCUGGAGAGACGACCGGCCGGCUGCAUCGCAUGCCGGCGCUGAUCCCGACCCCGCCACCGUUCCGCUCACCUUUCACGACGGGCUUGAGGCGCAGUCCGGCGUGGCACAUCUGGAUGUGGCCGCGGCCUCGGCCGACGCGCCCGUCAUCGCGCUCAAGCCCGACUGCGAGCUCGCACUCGCGCUCUCGGAGAGGUUCGGCCUCGCAUCCGACGACAGCAACCCGACGCGCCGGCUCGUCAUCCGCGUUGCCGAGCAGGAGACAACGACCAACGGCCAGCUCUGGUCCGUCUCGCCUGCACUCCACAACGUCCUCUCCCACGCUCGCAACGUGAGCAACCUCCAUGUCGUCGUCGCCGGCAUGCCGCUCGUCUCGCGCUACCGGCUCGGCGCGUCGAUUGUCGAGCAGUGGAAGCUGACUCAGAUGGGCGCGCGGACAGUCGGCGCCGUCGCCACCCGCAGCGUCCUUGUCACCUCGCCUGCCGCCUUUCUCGCCGCCAUGACCUCUCAUUUCUCCCGCGAUAGCAAUGGGCUCAUCACUCUUGCGGCCGAACACGCCGCAGCGCUCAAUGCUGACGCCAUGGCUGCGCUGUCGCCGGGCCCAAUCAUCAUCGCUGUCGAUGUCGCCGCCACUGGCUCCUCCUGUAUGGGCUCGCUCACGCCGCAGCACAACGAGCCCGAGUUUGUCUCGGCCUACCUCUACGACUCGGGCACCGUCUCCAUCCGCCUCUCCAAGGCGAGCCUGCCGGUGGUCAAGGCCCGGCUGGAAGAGUGGCUGUAA